GCAGAGGUAGGCCCCAGAAGUGUCAAGAAAACAUUUAGGGAUGAGUUAGGCCUGGAAGAAAGCAGAGCAAUUUUACCCAUCAAAAAGGUCAGCCUAUUUCUGCUGAUACUUAGCAUUUCAUCAUUUCCCCAUUUUGUUGUUGUCGGAGUGAGGAGACUGAUUUGCUGCCCAGUAAACACUCUCCUCCUCCUUAUGCAAGAAAGGAAGUUCUGACUGGAACACACAGCCACAGAGCAAGUUAAUAUUCUUGUGUCCUAGGGUGGAACUACCUAAAAUACAGAUAAAGCGUUCAUUCUUCCAGAUUCAUUUUCCUUGAAUCUUACCAACAAAACAUUCAGAAACAGAGGAAAGACACAGAGAGAAAGAGACAGCAAGAAAAAGUGAAAGAGAAAAAGAAUGAAUUCAUCCAAGUCAUCAGCAUCACAAUGCACAGAGAGAGGAUGCUUCUCUUCCCAAGUAUUCUUAUGGACCGUUGCUGGGAUUUCCGUCCUACUACUCAGUGCCUGUUUUAUCACCAGAUGUAUUGUGACAUAUCACGUCUUUCAACUCUGUGAUGAAAAAAAGUUCCAGCCACAUGAAGAUCCCAUGGAAUUCUCCUGCUACAAUGAUGGAUCAGGUUCAGUCAAGAAUUGCUGUCCAUUGAACUGGGUACAUUUUCAAUCUAGCUGCUACUUCUUUUCCACUGACACCAUGACCUGGGCAGCAAGUUUAAAAAACUGUGCAGACAUGGGAGCUCAUCUGGUGGUUAUCAACACACAGGAGGAGCAGGAAUUCCUUUACCAUUCGAAACCUAGACAGAGAGAAUUUUACAUUGGACUGACAGACCACAUAGCUGAGGGUCAGUGGAAAUGGGUAGAUGGCACACCUUUCAUGGAGUCUCUGAGCUUCUGGGAUGUAGGGGAGCCCAACAACCUAGCUACAGUGGAGGACUGUGUCACCAUAAGAGACUCUCCAAAUCCGAGGAGAAAUUGGAAUGAUAUGACCUGUUUCUUCAGAAUGUACCGUGUUUGCGAAAUUCCAGAAAUAUAGGAAAUGAAGAAUAAUCUCUAAGAACAGAAGACACAACUUAAAUGUAUAAAUGAGGAGGAAGAAGAGCGUGAACACAGCCACAACUCCAACAUGAGAAAAGUGUGCAUUGCACUUCUUAAGGAUUUCAUAAGUGUUUGCCACUUUGAUAUAAAUAAAAAUAAGGAGUUUUGAAUGUUAUAAUUCAUGAUACUGAUUGAAGUAUAUUUUUCUUUCUACUAGUCUCAGGACUUUUCGAAAUUUACCAAGCAAUUCUUUAGCAAAUGAUGUGAGAAAAAAGGAAUUCUUCUUUUGGUACAUUUUCUUCAUUUGUGAGUAUUUAUAAGAAAAUACAAGGAGAUAGAACAAGUACAAAGUUGGACAAAGAAGAGGAUUUUGGAAAGUGCCUUGAACAAUUGUCUGAAUUCAGACUCUGUGUCAAUUCCUCUUCUUUCUAGCUGCUGAAAAAAAUGUGUCUUCUCUUCUUGAUUUCAUACUAUUUUACCGCCUGCCUAAGCAUAGUCCUUCAAUAUGCUUUGUACAAUGAGUAAGAAACUUUUUAAAGUCAUGCAACUUAUUCCUGUUCAAAAGAUUGGUGUGGACUUUCUGGCCAAAGGCCUUUACUGCACCUCUUUAUGGAAAGGACAUGCUAACCUUCAGCUCCAAACAGGCUGUCAUUCAGUCCAUUCAUCCCACGAACUCCCUUUUCUCCAUAUCCUCUCCCACUGACUAACAGAAUCUCACCUGAAUUUGUGUCUAUUACUCAGCCAGGGCCAGAGUGUAAUCUCAAGCCAACCCAUUUGUCGCAUAAUAUUCUAACCAUACAGAUAAGGUUAUUCAAAAAUGUGUAUAUAACAUGGCAGCUUUUAUAAACAUGUUUCUUGCACACAGCACCAUAAAGAGACCCCCCCAAAAAAAAGAGACCCCCAAAUUUCAUACAUU